GGAGCGGCCCCUCAGCGCUGGCGGAGCGGGGGCCCCUCCCCCCCAUCCCCAAAAAUUCCCAAAAAUUCCCCAAAAAAUGAACUGAGGCCCCUCCCCCACCUUGGAUGGCCCCCUGGAAUUUUGGGGGAUCCCAAAAUGGGGGAUUCAGAAAAUCCUGGGAAUCCCCCCGAGGAGGAGGAGGAGGAGGAAGAGCUGGACCCCCGGAUCCAGGAGGAGCUCGAGCACCUGAACGAGGCCAACGCUGAAAUCAACCGGGGGGAGCUGGAGCUGGAUGCCGCCCGUUCCCGCUAUCGCCGCAUCCUCUCGGAUUCCGCCCGGAAAUUGAAUUCCCAGGGAUCCCAACUGGGAACCUGCAUCGAGCGCGCCCGGCCCUACUACGAGGCCAGGAGGAGAGCCAAGGAGGCGCAGCAGGAGACGCAGCGGGCGGCGCUGCGCUACGAGCGCGCGGUGGGGAUGCACAACGCGGCGCGGGAGAUGGUGAUGGUGGCCGAGCAGGGGCUGGGCACCGGCAAGAACCGGCUGGACCCCACCUGGCAGGAGAUGCUCAACCACGCCACCAGGAAGGUGAACGAGGCGGAGCAGGAGCGGCUCUGGAGCGAGAGGGAGCACCAGAGGGUGACCAGGCUGUGCCAGGAGGCCGAGGCCGAGGUGCAGCGGCUGCAGAAAUCCCUGAGGCGCGACAUCGCCCGCAGCCGGCCCUACUUCGAGCUCAAGGCCCAGUUCAACCAGAGGCUGGAGGAGCACAAAUCCCGCGUGAAUUCCCUGGAAUCCGCCGUCUCCCAGGCCAAGCUCCGUUAUUCCGUGGCCCUGCGGAAUUUGGAGCAGAUCAGCGAGGAGAUCCACGCCCGAAGAUUCCAGAGAAUCCUCCGGAAAAAACAUCGGGAAAACCCCCUGGGAGCCGAGGGGGGGCCCCAAAACAUUGAAAAUCCCGGAAUUCCGGCUGAAAUCAGCAGAAUUCCUGGCAAAAUUCCUGGUGAAAUCCGCGGAAUUCCCGGCAAAACCAGCGGAAUUCCCGGUGAAAUCGAUGGGAUUCCUGGUGAAAUCCGUGGGAUUUCUGAAACUCCUGGUGAAAUCCGUGGAAUUCCUGGCAAAAUUCCUGGAAUUCCCGGUGAAAUCGGCAGAAUUGCCGGUGAAACCAACAGAAUUCCGGGUGAAAUCAGCGGGAUUUCUGGAAUUCCCGGUGAAAUCAGCAGAAUUCCCGACAAAAUCCGUGGAAUUCCCGAGGAAAUCGGCAGAACUCCCGGUGAAACCAACAGAAUUCCGGGUGAAAUCCGCGGAAUUCCUGGAAUUCCCGGCAAAAUUCACGGUGAAAUCUGUGGGAUUUCUGGAAUUCCUGGUGAAAUCAGCAGAACUCCCGGCAAAAUUCCUGGAAUUCCCGGUGAAAUCCAUGGGAUCGCUGGCGAAAUCGGCAGAAUUCCCGACGAAAUCGGCGGAAUUCCUGCCGAAAUCGGCAGAAUUCCCGACAAAAACCGUGGAAUUCCGGGGGAAACCAGCGGGAUUCCUGGAAUUCCCGAGGGAACGGGCGGGAAUUCCGAGGGAAUCCCGGGAACGGCGGGCGAGGAGGCCGGGACGGCGGCGGGAAUUUCGGAUUCCGGGGAUUCGCUGUCGGUGCUGAGCCUGCAGACCAUCGCCUCGGACCUGCAGAAGUUCGACUCGGUGGAACAUUUGUCGGGAAUUCCGGGAAUUUCGGGAAUUCCCGACGCUCUGAGCCUGCACAGCGAGGAGCUGGGGGAGGAGAGGGAGAAGCGCCGGAAUUUUCGGCACCACCGGAGCGUCAGCCUCUGAAAUUUUUGGGUUUUUUGGAGGGAGGAAGUUUUGGAAUUUUUGGGGAGAAAUCCUGGAAAUCCCAAGGAAAUCCCAAAAAUCCCUGAAAAAAUCCCAAGGAAAUCCCCCAAAAAUUCCUGAAAAAUCCCAAGGAAAUCCUGAAAAAUAAAAUUAAAAAAAAAAUCCCAGGGAGAUCCUGAAAAAUCUAAAGGAAAUCCCAAAAAUUCCUGGAAAAUCCCAAGGAAAUCCCCCAAAAAUUCCUGGAAAAUCCCAAGGAAAUCCUAAAAAUUCCUGGAAAAUCCUGAAAAAUAAAAUGAAAAAAUAAAAUCCCAGGGAGAUCCUGAAAAGUCCAAAGGAAAUCCCAAAAAUUCCUGGAAAAUCCCAAGGAAAUCCCAAAAAUUCCUGAAAAAU